GAGACGCACCAGGGCGUCCAGCAGGUGGCAGCACCGUACGGCCGCGCCCCCCCGCGCUGCCACCCGCGAGCCCGCAUCAUGGAUGUUGAGCUCUCCUAUUUCGCUUUGCUCGCCUUGGAAUCCGAGACCCCAGACGAGGACCAGGAUUCAUGAACCGGUCGCAGAGGCCCGACCAGGGGCCUCUGGCUCCCGACUGCGGCCGAGAGGUGAUGUGUGAGGUCCGAAGAACAGAAAUUUUAAAAGGCAACCAGGGCCUGCGUAUUGAAUGAAAGACCCAGUGCAAAGGCAUCACCAUGAACACGAGCAUACCUUAUCAGCAGAACCCUUACAAUCCCCGGGGCAGCUCCAGUGUCAUCCAAUGCUACCGAUGUGGAGACACAUGCAAAGGUGAAGUUGUUCGCGUCCACAACAACCACUUCCACAUCAGAUGCUUCACCUGUCAAGUGUGUGGAUGUGGCCUGGCCCAGUCGGGUUUCUUCUUCAAGAACCAGGAGUACAUCUGCACCCAGGACUACCAGCAACUCUACGGCACCCGCUGUGACAGCUGCAGGGACUUCAUCACAGGCGAGGUCAUCUCCGCCCUGGGCCGCACCUACCACCCCAAGUGCUUUGUGUGCAGCCUGUGCAGGAAGCCUUUCCCCAUUGGAGACAAGGUGACCUUCAGCGGUAAAGAGUGCGUGUGUCAGACGUGCUCCCAGUCCAUGACCAGCAGUAAGCCCAUCAAGAUCCACGGACCAAGCCAUUGUGCUGGGUGCAAGGAGGAGAUCAAGCAUGGCCAGUCACUCCUGGCGCUGGACAAGCAGUGGCACGUCAGCUGCUUCAAAUGCCAAACCUGCAGUGUCAUCCUCACCGGGGAGUACAUUAGCAAGGAUGGCGUUCCGUACUGCGAGUCCGACUACCACUCCCAGUUUGGUAUUAAAUGCGAGACUUGUGACCGGUACAUCAGCGGCAGGGUCUUGGAGGCAGGAGGGAAGCAUUACCAUCCAACCUGUGCCAGAUGUGUACGCUGCCACCAAAUGUUCACCGAAGGGGAAGAGAUGUACCUCACUGGUUCUGAGGUUUGGCAUCCCAUCUGCAAACAGGCAGCCCGGGCAGAGAAGAAGUUAAAGCAUAGGCGGACGUCUGAAACUUCCAUCUCACCCCCUGGAUCCAGCAUUGGGUCACCCAACCGAGUCAUCUGCGCUAAAGUGGAUAAUGAGAUCCUUAAUUACAAAGACCUGGCAGCUCUCCCCAAGGUUAAGUCCAUCUACGAGGUACAACGCCCCGACCUCAUUUCCUACGAGCCUCAUUCCAGAUACACGUCUGACGAGAUGCUGGAGAGAUGUGGCUAUGGAGAGUCACUGGGAACGUUAUCUCCCUACUCCCAGGACAUCUAUGAGAACCUGGACCUCCGGCAGAGACGGGCCUCCAGCCCGGGAUACAUUGACUCCCCCACCUACAGCCGGCAGGGCAUGUCCCCCACCUUCUCCCGCUCGCCUCACCACUACUACCGCUGUGGGCCCGAGAGUGGCCGGAGCUCUCCAUACCAUAGCCAGUUAGAUGUGAGGUCCUCCACUCCGACCUCUUACCAGGCUCCCAAGCACUUUCACAUCCCAGCUGGAGAAAGUAACAUCUACCGGAAACCCCCCAUCUACAAACGGCAUGGUGAUUUGUCCACAACAGCCAAGAGCAAGACAAGUGAAGACAUCAGCCAGGCAUCCAAGUAUAGUCCAGCCUACUCACCAGACCCCUACUAUGCUGCAGAGUCUGAGUACUGGACCUACCAUGGGUCCCCCAAAGUGCCCCGAGCCAGGAGGUUCUCAUCUGGAGGAGAGGAGGAGGAUUUUGACCACAGCAUGCACAAGCUCCAGAGCGGAAUUGGCAGGCUGAUUCUGAAGGAGGAGAUGAAGGCCCGGUCCAGCUCCUAUGCAGACCCGUGGACCCCGCCCAGGAGCUCCACCAGCAGCCGGGAGGCCCUGCACACCGCUGGCUACGAGAUGUCCCUCAAUGGCUCCCCUCGGUCCCACUACCUGGCUGACAGCGAUCCCCUCAUCUCCAAAUCAGCCUCCCUGCCUGCCUACAGAAGAAACGGGCUGCACAGGACACCCAGUGCAGACCUCUUCCACUAUGACAGCAUGAACGCCGUCAACUGGGGCAUGCGAGAGUACAAGAUCUACCCUUAUGAGCUGCUGCUGGUGACCACGAGAGGAAGAAACCGACUGCCCAAGGAUGUGGACCGGACGCGUUUGGAGCGCCACCUGUCCCAGGAAGAGUUCUACCAAGUCUUUGGCAUGACCAUCUCCGAGUUUGACCGGCUGGCCCUCUGGAAGAGGAAUGAACUGAAGAAGCAAGCCCGGCUGUUCUAGGCGGAGGCUCUUUAAAUAUAUAUGCAUUUAUAUAAAAAUCUAUGUAAAAUCUCUAUACUGAAGCUCGGUAUAAUCCUCUCUCGGGUAAUGGGACCCACUGUCUGCCGUGAGACUUGCUUGUCUGUACUGCCAGGCAAGCCCACGUCAUCGAGAUAUUUUUAUGCUCCUUACCUUCUCUUUUCUAAGUGCUGUGGGGUUUGGGAAGGGAUUUGAAGGGACUCCCACCCUUUUACUGGGGACCCUUUUUAUACUGAAACAUCUGUCCUAACUCAAGUCCCCUCGAGACCCAACUCUCUUUCCUAAAGGAGGUGCCUGAAGAAGUCUCUCUUCUCUCUGCUUCUCGGCCCUUUUCCCAGGUUUCCAGGGCUGAUGCUGACCACACAGUUUUCACACCUUAUUGGCCCCAGAGGGGCUCUCCCCGUUGGAGAAGCUGCAUCUCCCAAAGUCAUAGAGAGCCUUUGAGAGCCAGGGAGAAUUUUUUCAUCACCCCCAAUUAGGAGUUCGGUGCUCUCUGGGGGUGAUGCAGUCACAGAGUUACAAGCGUGGGCCUCAAAUCGUUACACCAGUAAACAGAAGUGAAUAGGGCCUUGGCCUCUCCUCGGCUUGUUAACUCUCCUCUUCCUGCACUUUAUCCUUACCUCUUGCUUGUCCAAAUCUAGAACUCAUGGUAGGAAAAGAAAAAAGGCACUUGCAUUCCUUCCACCACUUCUGCAUGGCCCCGUAGUCUGGCCUCUUUGCCUGGCCCCAACUUGGAGAACAGGAGGGAAGGGUGGGAGAUAAAGCAGGGCACUUGUUGGAAUUGGAGCUGCAGAACCACUUGGACCCUCCUGUCUCCCUCACUUCUCCCAGCAUCUCCUGACCCUUCCCCCUUUCAAGGAGAGGCCCAUUCCUGCAGCCUGUAUUCUUCAGCCUUACUACAAUCUAUGUGCCUGACAACUCAACACACCACGGGGCUAAGUUCCCACUAUAGCCCCAACCUAACAACUAGAAGGACAACCUCUGACCACCCCUCUAGAAGUGAUACAGGUCACCUCUGAAAGAAAGGCUAUAGGUCUAUGCCAGCUGGUCCCUGGGCAGGCAGGGCAACCAUACCAGUCCCCUGCCAUCCCUCAGCCCCCUCUGCAAAGAUGGCCAUGUUUUAUGAGGGAAACUUUUGGAAGAGUGGCUGCUUAUGAGAUUCCAAAAUGAAGGGUUGGUCAACACUGCUCAUGACCAUCCUGGAUUUCCCUGGUGGUUGCCCUUCCUGCCUCCUUGCCUUCUGGAACAGGAGUGAAAAGCUCAACCUUCUCUCCUGCCCUCCCCAAACCUUUGACCCUGAGUUGGUGAUGUUUGGUGGGUGCUGUUACUCCAUGGAGUCACCUUGAGUCGGACCAUUUUGAGGUCAUGGAGGAAGGAUGAAGAAGUGGAAGUGACAAAUAAUGAGUUUCAAGAGGCUGGCCGUGCAAUGCAACAAAUGUAGAAUUGAGUUCAACAAACCUUCACUGAGCACUUGCUGAUGCUGAGCACCUACUCUAUACCGAGCACUGAAUGGGGGAGGGGGUACAAACACUGAGAUGAAUCAACAUGGUCCUAUUAAUAGUGGGUACAGUAAGACAUGUACCCAAUCCCAAUGGCUGUAAAGCAGAAAGUGAUAGAAGGCACGAGAAAGUGUAGCAUUGCUGAAAAGGCCUAUGCAGCUGUUGCAGGCCAGGGAAAGCUUUCUGGAAGAGAUUGCAUUUGAGCAAAAUUCAAGAAGGAUCUUCGGUAAACUGGGAAGAGACUGAAAGUUAAAAGGGUGAUGGGAUGAAGGGCCGGAAGGGAGGUCUCAUAUACUUGCACUUAAAAUGUCAACCCUCCCUGCAACUUCUCUUUUUGGCCAAUGUCUUUCAACUUUCCUGACCCUUGAGAAAUGUCCCCAGCCAGACACAAUCAUCGAAACUGCCUCAUUAUCACUGGGUGAGAACUUGGCAAGAUUGAAGGGCUUUUGUUGUUGUUGGAUAUUUUUGUUUCCCAUAAAAGCACAUAAUUUCAACC